CAGCGACACCGCUCUCUGCUCCUAUGGCUAUCGUACGCAAGGCUGGCCGCCACCUCCUCACCACGAGGUCCGUCCACCUCGACAUCCACCCGCGGCCCGCCAAUCUCAGCGAGAGCCGCGAGGUCUUUCGCGUGCUGCAGGGCUUCGGAGAAGUCGACGUCUACAAAACGCUUCGACACGAGAGGCCCGUCGGAGCUCCCAAUUCCGCGUUUGCCAUCUACCGGGACCCCGAGGCCGCGCAGAAGGCGCUGAGCGCGUCACCGAUCCGAUUUGCCCUUGAAACCGUUGUGGAGAGCGAGGCUAGAGAAGAUGCGGUAUGGACAUCAUCGGAAAAGGUAGAGGAUGAGGGAAACAUGACACAAAAUGCGCCCGUGAAAGAUGGGGUGGAGGAGAUCACGCGGCCGAGCUUGCUGCUCAACCAGAUCCCGGAGCAGAGACAGGUCAAAUUCGGCCACAUACCGCUCGAGCACACUUCGUCUGAAGCUGCGGAGGAAGCGCAAGAGCAGAAUCAGGCCCCUGAGAAAGCUGCGCUCAAGGUGGUGCGGUGGUUUCACGUCAAUGUCGAUCGCACACGCGCGGUAUAUCAGGAUUAUGUGGAACGGCAGCCUUUCUAUUCGGACUUCUCGGUCGCGAAGUCUAUGAUGCAGGAGGAUCUGGCGAAGAGGGUGCCGCAUGUUGGGCUGAGCGAUGUUACGAUACGCGACGGGAAUUUUCACAGAACCCCAAUCAAGAUUUUGCAGCGCCGCAUUAAGGAGAUAUCGAAGAUUAAGACGUUGAGACAGUUGUGGGAUGAAGUACAUGAGGGGGAAGAGACAGAUAAUGUGGUCAACACAAGCAGGGAGAGAGUGCAGGAAGAGGGGACGAAUGUUCAUGGAGGGAGGGCGAACGCAUGGGGAGCACAGACAGGACACACUGAACAAUGGGGGAUACAAACAAGUCCGAAGUGAAGAAAAGAACGAUUCGAGGGCGUUGCGAUGUUGAUUCCGGAGCGAGCACUGGCCAUGUGACUCUUCCAGGCGACGGGAAAUUUCUGAAAAGGCAUCGACUCGAGCUUUUGAUAUGGCAUUCGUAUUCAUGCAGUAUAAGUAGGCUCUAACUAUAGCAAAUGACGUCGUGCUCAUCACUGACUUGUGAAAUCCCUUGAGUUCGUUCUUUUAAAUCAUCAGGGCUCUUCACCGAAAUAUCCGCUAGGACUGUACGACGCAUAUUGACCUCUGCGGUGUCUCUCCAGUGCUUCAACUAUUCCAUCCC